GCCGCCAUUUUGAAAGGAAAAAGUUUAUAUUUUGAACGCUUCCUAGUAAAAACAAUCUUAUUCGAUCUUUAACCAUGGGAGUUCCAGCCUUCUUUCGAUGGCUUUCAAAGAAAUACCCGUCGAUUGUAGUCCAUUGUGUUGAAGAAAAACCAAAAGAAGUUGAUGGCGUUAAGGCYCCAGUGGACACCAGUUUACCCAAUCCAAAUGAUUAUGAGUUUGAUAAUCUGUAUCUUGACAUGAAUGGUAUCAUCCAUCCCUGCUGUCAUCCUGAAAAUAAGCCUGCACCAAAAAAUGAAGAUGAAAUGAUGGUUGCCAUUUUUGAAUAUAUUGACAGAAUAUUUUCAAUAGUGCGGCCAAGAAAGUUACUCUACAUGGCUAUUGAUGGAGUGGCCCCAAGAGCUAAGAUGAAUCAACAAAGAUCAAGAAGAUUCAGAGCAUCGAAGGAAAGCAGAGAGAAAGCUGAAGAAAUAGCUAGAAUAAGAGGUGAACUCGCUGCAAAAGGUGCUUUGCUUCCCCCUGAAAAAGCUAAAACAGAGCAUUUUGACAGUAACUGUAUCACACCUGGGACAGAGUUUAUGGCUAAUCUCUCUCUGUGUUUGUCUUACUACAUUGCUGAUAGACUGAACAAUGAUCCUGGAUGGAAAAAUAUCAAGGUUGUCCUUUCUGACGCUAAUGUUCCUGGUGAAGGGGAGCACAAAAUCAUGGAUUAUAUUCGCAAGCAAAGAGCAAGUCCAGGCCAUGACCCAAACACCAAACACUGUUUGAAUGGUGCUGAUGCGGAUUUAAUAAUGUUAGGUCUAGCUACUCAUGAGGCUCACUUCACAAUACUCAGAGAGGAGUUCAAACCUGGUCAGAAAAGACCUUGUGAACUGUGUGGCCAAAUAGGUCAUGAGAUGGCUGAAUGCACAGGACUGCCCAAAGAAAAACAAGGAGAGUUUGAUGAACUGACCAAACCAGUUGCCCAGGAAGUUGAAUUUAUCUUCAUUAGACUGAAUGUUUUAAGAGAGUAUUUGGAGAGAGAGUUGAGACUGGAAAACCUACCAUUUGCUUAUGACUUUGAGAGAUGUAUUGACGACUGGGUAUUCAUGUGUUUCUUUGUUGGAAAUGACUUUUUACCUCAUCUGCCAUCAUUAGAAAUCAGAGAAGGAGCCAUUGAUAGACUUGUAAGGUUUUACAAAAAUGUUGUUCCAAGAUGUGGGGGAUACUUAACAAAAGAUGGAUUUGUUGAUCUAAAUAGAGUACAGUUAGUUUUAGCAGAACUKGGUCUUGUCGAGGAUGAGAUUUUUAAAAAGAGACAGCAGGACAAUAUCCAAUUCAAACAGAGAAUGAAGGCAAAAAGAGAAAGAGAAAAGAGGCAGAAACAGACAAAUCCUUUAUGGACACCAGAUGGUCAGUUUAGACCACAUGCACUUGGCUUUGGAGGUAUGCCAGAUGCCAUAACAUCACCUAGGCAGCAAGCAUAUGAAAUGAGAAAACAGGGGAUGAAUCUUACACAAAACAGAGCUAAUCAAAAUGCUGCAGCAGACCUCAGAGCAAUGCUAACCAAGGGAGAGAGUGACAAGCCAAGUGAAUCUCAAAGUAGCAAUUCACAGCAAAGUGCUGCAUCGUCAAAUGAUAACAAAAGAAAGCGUGAUGAUGAUGACGAUGAUGACCCUCCAGACAAUGUCAGGUUGUGGGAAGACGGAUGGAAGGCAAGAUACUAUACCAACAAGUUUAGCGUCACAGAAAGUGACGAGAGCUAUGAUGAUUUCCGCAAGAAAGUUGCUGAUGCUUAUGUCGAGGGACUGUGUUGGGUACUGCAGUAUUACUACCAGGGCUGUCCUUCAUGGAAGUGGUAUUUCCCAUACCAUUAUGCACCAUUUGCCUCUGACUUCAGAGAUAUUGGGAAACUMAAGAACACCUUUGAACGAGGAACUAAACCAUUCAAACCACUGGAACAGUUAAUGGGRGUUUUUCCUGCCGCGAGUGGUAACUUUCUUCCACCAACUUGGCGCAACCUUAUGUCAAAUCCAGAAUCUCCCAUCAUUGAUUUUUAUCCUGUUGACUUUCAAAUCGAUCUCAAUGGAAAGAAAUAUGYUUGGCAAGGAGUGGCUUUGCUUCCUUUUGUUGAUGAAAAGCGGUUAUUGAGUGCUUUAGCCGAGGUUUAUCAUGAUAUCUCACCAGAAGAAGCAAAGCGUAAUUCUCUUGGUAAAGAUCGUUUGUAUCUACGAGAAGGAAAUCCUGCUUUUGACUUUCUUAAAGGUCUCUCUGAAGGUGGAGAAGCGAGUGAGGCAAUAGAUCUAGUUACGGAUUUAACRUGUGGCAUGUCUGGAAAGGUGUUACCCGAUGUGGAGCGACCAAUACAACCAGACAGRGAUAUUCCAUCACCUAUUCCUGGUCUUUAUGAUUUAAAGCAUAACAAAGCAAUAGGGGUUUUGUAUGAAGAUCCUUCCUUUAGUCCUGACCUUGUAUUUAAAACUUCUAUUUUACAAAAUGUCGUACCUCCGGCUCGUGUCCUUAAACCUGAAGAUUAUGGUAACAAUCGACCGUGGCGACCAACUAUCGGCAUGAAUUCAAACAGACAAUCGUAUGCAUCCRUUGCUCCGCCAGGACAUAGAAUGAUUAAUCAUUACACACAUGAUCGUCAAAGUCAGGGUAGUCGAGACUCGUAUGAUCGUCGACAGAGCUACCCUCCCUCGAACUACGGAGGUAGCCAUCGAGGCAGCUCGUCCUAUCAUUACAACCAACGGAACGACGGUCGAAAUAGUUAUAACUACCAAGGAGGCGGGCACCAUAGAAACUAUAGUCAACAACCCUCGCGCAAUCAGUCUCUAAUGGGACCUGGGCCUAGUCAUGGAAGAUAUAAUCAACAGCAGCACCAGGGACAGAACUAUCGACAACAGUACCAGGGGCAACAUCAACAACAGUACCAGGGGCAGCACCAACAGCAGUACCAGGGGCAGCACCAACAACAGCACCAACAACAGCAUGGUAGAAAUCAGAACAGGGGCCAUCGACAGAACUUCCCACUUUCAAGCAAUCGAUAUAGACCGUACUAGACACAACCAAUGGCAAACUUCGUUCCCAGUCCAUUGACGUCUCACUGUGUACAUGAGAGAAGGUCCUUUGAACAAGGUCGAGGGGGAAUGAGUUCAAAUCGGGAGCUGUCUUCAUCAAAAACGCCGUCAAUCAACCWUGUCAAUCAUUUAUUUUACGAUUUGUACGAAGUGCAGAAUAUGAUUGUAAAUUUUGCAAUUUUAUUGUAAUAAAUUGCUAAAUAUAUGACUUCAUUUUAA